AUGGCAACGGACUUCAAAUCCUUACCAGUCAUCGACAUUGCUCCUUUACUGCUCAAGUGUGAUGAUCCCGACAUGACGGAGGAUGCCGGAGUUGCUGAGGUUGUCCGGCAACUGGAUAGAGCUUGUCGGGACGCUGGAUUCUUCUACGUGAUAGGGCAUGGAAUUUCGGAGGAUCUAAUUAAGAAAGCCAGAGAGAUCACACGUGAGUUCUUCAAGCUUCCUUAUGAAGAUAAACUGAAGAUCAAGAUGACUCCAGCUGCUGGAUACAGAGGAUAUCAGAGAAUUGGAGAAAAUGUAACCAAAGGAAAACCAGAUAUUCAUGAAGCCAUUGAUUGUUACAGAGAGUUUAAGCAGGGGAAGUAUGGGGAUUUAGGAAAACCUAUGGAAGGCCUAAACCAGCCAGAGAUUCCUCAAGAGUUCAAAGAGUUGAUGGAGGAGUAUACUAGGCUCUGUUCAGAUCUUUCAAGAAAGAUCUUGAGAGGGAUUGCAUUAGCUCUUAAGGGAUCACCUAAUGAGUUUGAAGGUAAAAUUGCUGGAGAGCCUUUUUGGGUGAUGCGUCUUAUUGGUUAUCCAGGUGACGCCCUGGUCACAAAUGGCCAGCCCAAAAAUGAUAUUGGAUGUGGAGCUCACACUGACUAUGGCUUGUUAACUCUUGUAAACCAAGAUGAUGACAAAACUGCUCUCCAGAUACUUUCAAACGGAGUAUACGAAUCCACACUUCACAGAGUGAUCAAUAACAGUCCUCUGUACCAUGUCUGCGUUGCAUUCUUCUAUGAGACUAAUUUCGACGCGGUCGUGGAGCCAUUGGAUAUAUGUAAAGAAAAGUACCCUUCAGGUUCAGGGAGAGGAGAAGCUCAAGUUUUCAAAAGAGCUGUCUAUGGCGAGUAUCUGGUUAGCAAAGUCCACACUAACUUUACUUUAGAUAUCAAAGGCUUGUGGCGUGUUGCACUCUUGACAUCACUGUUGAUGUGUACCGACGACAAGAGAAGAGAGAUUUAUCUAACAGUUGAGGGAACCAUUCGUGAACUGGAUCUUGAUAAUAUAUGGGAUGUAAAACCUCUGGUGCAUGGAAGUGAUAUCAUUGAAGCUCUACAACUUGAAAACAUAGGACCCAUCAUCAGACAAUGGCAACGUAAAAUUGCUGACAUGGCAGCUAGCUUAUCCCAAAGGGAUGCCGCUCAGACAAAAGACAAUGUGACUUUGGAAUUUAGCUGGUAA